AUGAAGAUCGUUGGAUUGACAGGAGGUAUCUCGUCGGGCAAGAGCACGGUCACGAGGAUCUUCACGAGCGAUGCAAAGACUGCACCAGCUGUGAUCGAUCUCGAUGUGAUAGCGCGACAGGUCGUGGCGCGAGGCACCCCCGCCUACGACAAGAUCCUGCGACAUUUCAAAGAUCCUGAGGGCGGGUCCCUUAUUGAGGAGGCAACGGGCGAGAUCGAUCGCAAGCGACUGGGCGCGCUCAUCUUUGCUGAUCCACUCCAGCGAAAGAAGCUGCAGGCCAUCACACAUCGCCCCAUCUUCAUCGAGAUGGCCAAGCAGCUGCUAUGGCACUUCAUCAGGGGCACAGAUCUCGUCAUCUUGGACGCGCCGCUCCUCUACGAGGCCGGCCUGCACCGUCUGACGAGCAGCGUCGUGGUGGUGUAUGCGCCCGACGAUGUCCAACUCAAGCGCCUCAUGAAGCGAGACAACAUCGAUGAGAAGGAAGCCCGACAAAAGAUCCAGGCCCAGAUGCCUCUCGACAAGAAGCGAGAGAGGGCCGACUUUGUGAUCGACAACUCGGGCGAUCUCAAGGACACCGAGCAGCAGGCGCAAUCCCUCCUCCUCCUUCUGCGCUCUCAAGAGAGCCUCUUUGCGACACGUGCUCUGCACGUCUGA